CUCACGCAGUGCCUGAGACGGCUGCCCAGCACCUGCGCAGCACGCCAUAUCACCACCGUCGGACCCGCGAGAAACCCCACCACUUCCGUCAUGGUGCGCAACAUCGUGGUCCUCGGCGGCAGCAGCCACCCGCAGCUCACCCAGCAGAUAUGCGACCACCUCGGCAUCCCCCCAGCAAAGCGGCUGCUGUCCAAGUUUGCAGUCGGCGAGACGAGGGUUGAGGUGGAGGAGUCGGUCCGCGGCAAGGACGUCUUCAUUGUGCAGAGCGGCGGAGGAAAGGUCAAUGACAACCUCAUGGAACUUUUGAUCUGCAUCUCGGCCUGCAGAACAGCCUCGGCGAAGCGCAUCACCGCCGUGCUGCCGCUCUUCCCCUACUCGCGCCAGAGCGACAUCCCGUACAACAAGACGGGCGCCCCGCUCGCAAAGGUGCCUGGUGCCAACCGCAGCCGCACCGGCACCUACUCAUUCGACAGCGUCCCGGCGACUCCGCAUCCCGCACACCCCGGUGCCACCCUCACAAAUGGCACUGCCUCGCUCGACAAGUCGCUGGAGCGACUAAAGAUGUCCGAGGAGCGCACUCCAAGCCACGGCUUAAAGCGCACCGACACGGUCGAAACGAAAAAGUCGGAUGGCUCUGACAAGGGCUCCUUCCAGGCCAACGGAGUCAACGGCACACAUGGCAACAACGGUCUUGCGAGAGCCGCCACAAUGCCUCCGCAGUUCUCGCCACAACCCGGGUACAAGCAAUGGGUUGCACAGGCCGGGACUCUGAUUGCGGACCUCCUCACCUGCGCCGGCGCAGAUCAUGUCAUUACCAUGGAUCUCCACGACCCGCAGUACCAAGGCUUCUUCGACAUACCCGUAGACAACCUCUACGGUCGCCAUCUUCUCCGGAAGUACAUCCAGUUCUCCAUCCCGAACUACCAGCAGGCCGUCAUUGUGAGCCCUGACGCUGGAGGUGCAAAGCGAGCUACGGCGAUUGCAGAUGCGCUGGGCAUGCCAUUUGCGCUUAUCCACAAGGAGCGCCGCCCUACGCAAAUCAGCGACCGUCAGAACGCGACCAUGAUGUUGGUCGGCGAAAUCCGCGACCGCACCGCGAUCCUCAUCGACGACUUGGCAGACACCUCAAAUACCAUCACACGAGCUGCGAAGCUGCUCAAGAAAGAAGGCGCAAACACUGUGUACGCGCUGAUCACACACGGCAUAUUGAGCGGCGAUGCCAUUGACCGUAUCAACGCGAGCGCUUUGGACAAGGUUGUUGUGACAAACACCGUGGACCAGACUGAGCAUAAGGCGCGGUGUCCGAAGCUGGAGGUGUUGGAAGUUGGCAAUGUCUUUGCUGAGGCGAUACGACGAGUGCAUCACGGCGAGAGCAUAAGCGUUCUGUUUGAUUACCACUGAUCAAUCUCUUUUCUUCCUCACCUCUGGGACGGUAUCUGCGAUUGGAUAGCUGAGAGCCUGGCUGUCAUUCGGUCCCUACCGAGACUCUGCGUUCCCUAUCCCUCCAUUUGCCCAGGGCCCGCGGGCUCUUAGAUCUGCAUACAAACAUCUAGAAAAGACGUUGGGGCGGGGGGUGUUUCCGAAAAAGUGGCAUUUUCCUUCAACUGUUCAUUAUCAAUGCGACAGGUUUUGUCUUGCAUGCACUGCUGAGGAG